AUGAGGAAAGGCACGAAGUCCAACUGGGAACUAAAUCUUAGAAGGCCGGUGGUGGCCCAGAGCUUGAUCCGGCGCAGAAGGCCAACACCUGCCACACUGUUCAGAGUAGCAGACCAGGCCUCCCCUGAAGAUGACCAGUCCACCCAUCAGUGGGUCGUCGGGGAGAACGGCGUGCUUAAACCCAAGAGGGUCAAUCCCAAUGUGUACCAGCCGCCGUCACUGAGAGCCGUGCAGAAGAUGGCUGAAGCUCACAUGCAGCACCUAGGUGUCUACCCCCCUCUGGAAGACUUUGAGGGGGAAGAGUACCAUGACUACCACUGGCAUGAGGAGGAGGGGGAGGAGGAGGAGGGGGAGGAGGAGGAGAAAUCCCCCAGCCAAGGUGCCGAUCAGAAAGAUACCCCCACUGCUGAAAUAACAGAAAAGGUGUCAAACGUGACGAUGAUGUCCAAACAGGUCCAGGAGGAUGACGACGAAGAGGAGGAUGAGAAAGAGGAGAUGAAAGAGGAGGGAAAGACAGGAAAACAGACGGGGGAGUGACUGAUGAAGGGCGGCAAAGAGUGGGAGAGGAGAGGGGAGAGAGAGGGUGUGUAAGAGUGUCAAAUAUUUUUUAACUCAAAAACAUUAAAUGACAGGAGUGGAUGUGCAGGUGUGUGUAUGUGUGAAUGUGUCUGACGUCAGUGUAGUAUUUGAGAAUAAAAAGUGUGUUUGUGUGCGGAUUCUAUCUCCAAGUGACUAACUCUGGAUGCUGUUGACAAGUAUGAAUAAAUGAAUUAGCAAUAAAGCUGUAUGUUUGAAAUCGCCAGAGAAUUGGAGAGAGACAUGGGUGGGAGUUGGCAGGUGAAGUUGAGGUACAGGUCAAAGUGUUUUAUAGAUGUGCCCUUUAUGGCGUGGCGAAGAGUGAUUCAACAGCACAUUAUGUCAGUCAAGCUAAACACGUCACUUUGGCCCCCGUGUCUCCAUGAACAUGAUGGGAGUAGAAUGGUUCAAGGUCCCCAAGGUCACCAAGGUCACCAAGGUCACCAUGAUCAGAUGCCUCCCAGUGUAACACUAGUCUUAACCUCCAUGUCAGAGGGUCCCAUUUUUGUGCUUGAGUUUUCUCAGGCCACUCACACAAACACACUCACACAAACACACACACACAAACACACAAAUACACAUACACCUUUUUACUGUAUGCAAAUAACAAUAAUAUUAUGGGCACCUUUCUUAUGAGCUUGAAAGACCUGCGUGACACUUUCAAGCUACGCAUCUCGUUUUGCCCUGGCCCAAACCGAACAUCUGGUUGAAAACAAAAUGUGAAAUACUUUGGUCUGCUCAAAGAAAAGGGCUUAUACUGCCAUCAAGUGGUUGUAGUCAGAUAUAACAGGGAAUGUUUCUGCACAACUAAAGGAUGGCACAGAGUAACUUUACUCAAACCCAUUACUUCAUAUUUUAGAAAAUAUCUUGUAUAAUUCUACCUCUGAAAAAUGUAACCUGGCCAACGUUUUUUUGUGGAUAGCGUCACAUGGUUUGUAAUAGUUGCAGAAAAAAAAUCUCCACAAUUUUGUACACAUGUAUAGUUCUUUUUCUUAAACCUACAGUUCAGAGUAAAACGUAGUUCAUCCUAUCUGUGACUGGACACACUUAUACUGUCUGGAUGGUUGUACAGGCCCAGUCUAAUUUGCUGAUGAUUAAUAAUGUGGUUGCACAGCCUCUCUCACAGUCACACAAGCUCUCCCUCUCUCCCUGCAACAGUGGAACACCACAUCUGGGCGUUAAAAUGCUUUAUACUAUCUGAACGUUGUUAUCAUCAUUAUGUCCGAGCGUUGUUCAACUGCUUGAUGCAACUGAACAGAUAAGUGUACACAUGUUUCUGAUAAAGGGUUUUCUUCAUUUCCAAUAAAACACUGUUGUUAUCUUCUCUA